CUGGGUGAGUCCGGCCCGGUCCAGGCUGUCCACCGGCGGAAAACGGGCCCGAGUCCGUCUAUGAAAAAGUUAACUCGGCUCCCGUGCGGCCGGUGCGCGCGUGGGGUGCGGGGUGGGGGACACUGGCUCCAAACAGAUGGACUCGUUAUAGAGCGCCUGCCAGAUGCGCGUCGAACCGAGCCGAGCCGAGCCACGCUCCUGCCGUGACAUGUUUUUGGUGUGUGCGUGACGUGAACAUGUCCCGCCGCGGCGCGCUGACCCCGUGAAGGAAGGAACCGGACUGAGAGGGCGGCAGAGCCGGGUCAGGGAUGGACGGGACGGCGGAGACCGAACCAGUGGACCUCCGCUGCUCGGAGCAGUCGGAGCUGCUCUCAUUAAUAAUAAGCGGGGAGGAGGAAGCCACGCAGGAGGGCAGCGACCUGGGAGAGGGGGACAGCCUUGCCAAUGGCCACGGAGGUGAAGAAGGGCCUGCAGGCUCGGUCUUGCCCUUCAGAUCCCCAGGGACCAGCUACUGGAGCAUCACUGAGGGCCCUGACCACCCGCUCCUCCUCUCCCCGGCACCGGGACCUUCUGGACGCAAACCCAAGGUCCAGAGGGCUUCGCGUCCAGGCCUGAGCCGCAUCCCUGGCCGCGACCACCGGCGCUACUACCACGAGUACUGGCGCAGUGAGUACCUGAUGGACUUCGACCCCCAGAGGCACGGCAUGAUCUGCAUGGUGUGUGGCAGCUCCCUGGCCACCCUGAAGCUCAGCACCAUCAAGAGACACAUCAGGCAGAAGCACCCAGACUCGCUGCUGUGGAGCGCCGCCGACAAGGAGGUGAUUCGUUCUGGGUGGGAGAGCCACCUGAGCUUCGGGGGUCAGAGGUCAUACACCUCUGGGUCCACACCGUCCCUCCAGGCAGAGGAGGAUUCUAUGCACUGUGGCCAACAUGUUCCAGAAGCAGAAUGUCCAGAUCCUGUUCUGCCUGUGGAGCAGCAGCCUCCCACUCUGUCUCCUCGCUCCGUGGAGGGGCUUCAGCCCAGAGAGGAGGAGCCGGAGCCCCCCGGGCCGUCGGCGCAGACRUUGGAGCGCUACCUGAACGACUCGCUGCACGCCUGGUUCCGCCAGGAGUUCUUGAUGGAGUAUGAGGCGGAGGCCGGCCGACUGCUCUGCAUGGUGUGUGGGACAGAACUGCCCUCGCUGCACUUGGACCACAUCAAGAACCACGUGUUGAACUCGCACCCCAACUCCCUGGUGUACAGCUCGGAGGAGAAGCACUGCAUCCUGCAGGCCUGGGCCCAGGCUCACGAUGAGUCAGAAAACCCAGUCAACCCAGAGUCCAGCACCAAAGAGGACGAGUCGGAGCAGCCUGCUGAGGACGAGAGGAGCACGCUGCCCGCUGACGUGUCCCCGCACGGCCACGCCACUUUAACUCAGGAUCUUUGUCUGAUCGGGGAGGACGGAGGCGUGGACGCUCCUCAGAGGGGGUCCCAGCCCGACCGCCAGCACCGGAGGAGGCGUCUGCGUGGGGGGGACCCCUGGCGGCUCCGCCUGGACUACCUGGUGGCCUACGGCCCUCAGGACCAGGGUACGUUCUGCAUGGUGUGUUCUCAGGUCUUGAAUGAAACCAAGGUCAGCGGUUUCCGCCGCCACAUCCAGGAGUGCCACCCUGAGACCACCACCCUGAGCCAACAGGAGCGGGAAGCCAUGGCUGCUGUCUGGACCAAAGACCCCGCUGCUGGCAGCACCCCCCCAGCAGAACGAAUCCCAGGGGACGAUGUCGUCCUCUGUACCACAGGAAACCCAAACCAGGACACGUCCCCUGAUGUCAGAGCAGCAAAGCAAGACGAGAGCGCGAGUGGAGGCAGGAGCACCGCGGCCACACCCCCCCGUCAGAGUCACUACCCCGGGAAAGACCAGAGACGGAACUACCAGGUGCGCUGGAGGCUGGACUACCUGAUGGACUACGACUGCAGGAGGCACGGUUUGAUCUGCAUGGUGUGUGGAGCCACCCUGGCCACGCUGAAGGUCAGCACCAUCAAGAGACACAUCCAGCAGGUGCACCCUCACUCCCUGCUCUACAGCCCAGAGGACAGGCAGCAAGCCCUGCUGAGCUACAAGCAGACAGCUCUGUCCCUGGUCCACUCUGAGGACUGCUUCUGCCCCCAGGACCACGGACACCCCGACCCCGACCCUGCUCCGGCACACGUUGGCACUUAGACACAGCCUCUGCUCAGAAACCAGCCGCUCACUUUGCUCCAGACAAGCUACUUCAGGUCUUUACUUCAUGCUUUCUUUCUAAACUUGAAAUUUCCCAAACAUCAAGUCAAACUUCUGUGACAGAAUCAACAAAAUCUGAAAGUAAGACCCAGAAUGUAUCACCAUGUCCUCUCACUUCCUGUAGGUUUCUCCAUUAUGUGUGUGGCAGAUUCAGUCUAAUCAGAGCKUGUCGAAGAAAAGGUCCAGGCACUCAUUCAGAUGUCAGGGUUUUCUAAAAGGAGCUGAGUGCAGGACAAAUGUCCAGAACUCACCAUUAAUGUCAUUUACUUCCUAAAAAACACUUUAUGUUCGUUUAUUAGGGGAAGUCAGACAUUUGUAAAAGCCAAAGUUUAGGGUUAAAUGUUUUUGGUUUUAUUCUCACAAAGUGAUUAUUUACAAAUCUCUGGCAGAUUUCACUUUUUUCUGCUAAUUUACAAAAUGAGAGAAUAAUAUAGUUUUUAGUUAAACAUUUUUCUUUCAUGUGAACGUAUGACAUUAGUGUUUUAGAGACUUUAAACAGCACCACCUGCUGUUAUUCUUUACUUCCAGUGGCUCUGAUCUGCAAACAGACCUUGGAAUAGAAGGCUUUAAUUAUUAAUUAAACUAAGUUACCUGCAGCACCUGAUAGUUUAACUACAUGAUUAAUGUCCAGCUUUUUGUUUGGUCCUCUCAGCUGUGGCAACUUUUGCUACUUCAGCCACGAGCUUCAGCCUUCUUCAAAUAAAGAUUGAACAGAAACCGUUCAGGUAGGAGCAGCAGUUUGAGCUGUUCCCUCACAGCCUUUCUACAUGGAGUUUAUAUGAUCUCCUCUCGUGCACACAGACCCAAAUAUACAUGUUCGGUUCACUAGUAACUCUAAUCAUCACGGGGUGUGGGUGAAGGAAACCCAGAACAAAGGAGCUGACAAAUAAAGUGAUCAGAAAGAAAAACCAAACAGAAAAUGUGGAAAAGGCAGUCCAUGUCCAGAGAAACAAUCAUUGAUGGAGAGAGAGCACUUUAACAUGAGGAGGAAAAGCUGAACCAAUGAAGACUGGGUUAUAAAACAGGGUACUGCAUACUUCGUUUUUAAAACGAUUAAAGGAUCUACCAGGAAACUUUUUUUUAUUUUGUGUGUACUUGUGUUUGUUGCCCUUAAAGGACAGUUUCUGGUACACACAUCUAGCUUGAUAAGUUGUAAAAGGCAUGCAGUCACAGUGCAUUAAUUUGAAAAUGGUCCCAGAGUGGUCGUUGGUGCCUCUGGUCCAUCUCCAGAGCAGCCAGAGCUGYGUUCUGACAGAGAGGAGGGGCCUGUGGAAUGAACCGAUCAGUUUAACUCUUUAGUUUGUGACUUAGACAGUAAAAACUGGUUUUACUGCAGUUAAAUCACACUAAGAGCUCCACCAAUCACAGUUAGGACAAACUCCACCCACACAACAAGAAACUCCUGCUAUGUGCUGCAGAGAGCCCUAUUUGUCCUCAGAGGACAGCACUGUCUUCCCAGCAUGCACCUGGUCCUGACCCUGACAUUGUUUAUGUUUAUUUUCCAACAACAAGACAGGAAAUGAACUGUUUCUGUUGAAUCUUUUGAUCGGAUCAAGUUUCCACAACGUUUGCUCCUCGUCAUUAGGAACAUGAGACAUCCCAGCCUCAGUGGACAGACGUCCUCCAUCCUGAGGUUUAACUUGUCAAACAUUAAAUGAAUGUCUGAGUGGACAAACAUCUGUCUCAGUGGACAAACGUCCUCUGUCUCAGUGGACAGAUGUCCUCCGUCCUGAUGUUGAACUGGUCAAACAUUAAAUGAGUACCUGGACUUUUGAAGGUUUAACGCGGCUCUGAACUCUUGAGUUUGUCCUGUGGGGGCUGUGGGGGCUUGUUUCUGAGGGGCUGAGUUUGAUUCUCAGGAAGGUAGGAACAGACUGAUGGACCACAUGAAAUGUGUCUAUGAGCACUUUGUCCCCAGAACUGUCCCACACCUUGUGUGUCCUUGUUGAGUGAGACAGUUUGAUGAUAUAUUGCUGAAGACAAUGACUGAUCCUUGUUUACAGUGCAGAAUAAAGACCACCCCCUGCUCAUCCAGGAGGGGUCCGUCUGUUAGCCACGACUCAGCAGACCCUAAAGCUGCACAAAAAUCUGUAAAUGUAUAAAUACUGAAAGUAUUUUUCCUUUGUAUAAGCACUUUUUUACCAAACAUGUUUGUAACUAAGUCCAGUUUUUCUACAUUGUUGUUUCCUGUCUGAAAGGCUUCACAGCCAGUCGUCCCGUGUGCUCCGGUGUCGGCUGCUUCACUGCUCCGUCACUGCUUCACCUGGAAAACACGUCUCAGGGAUCAUUUCCAUCAAACCUCAUGCUGUCCUUUCCCUCAGCUUUAGUUUGUUCCACAGGAGGAUCACAGAGCACCCAGGCUGUUCCUCAGAGGCCCACAGAAACACAGUCCUGAUCAGUUUCAUGAUGAACACAGGAAACUAAGAGAAACAGGAGUAUGAGUCAAAGUUUAUCAAUCAAAGAUUAAACAGGUUGUUGGACAAAAUAAUAAAAGAAUGAGAAGAUUUAUGUUUAUGGA